AUGUUGAUCGAACCGAAAUUGACGAAUACGUCAAAAAAUUUUGGCAAGCCGUCGGAAAAGCAAAACACCGUAAAUAUUUGUGUCAACUUCACAGUCGAUGUAACCUUAAUUAUUUAUUAAAUUUAUUUAUAUAUUUCAGUUGUUACAAAGUUUAGGAGCUCCACAUAUAGAUUCUUUCAACUACAUGUUAGAAGAUGGUUUGUCCGAGGCUGUUAAGGAUAAUCCACUUGUUUACAUUUAUCUACCAAAUAAAGACAAAGUAGCAUUAUGGAUUGAAGAUGUAUCAAUUCAUCAACCAAGCAUACCGUCUGGUACGAUUGGAGUGAAGAAUCAUAAGAUUUAUCCAACGGAAUGUAGACAACGAGGAUGUACUUACAAAGGAAAGUUUACAGUUAGAUUGGGAUGGUCUGUCAAUGAUAAAAAUCAAGAGACUCUCGAAAGAGAUUUAGGAGAAAUUCCAAUUAUGAUUAAAUCUAAUAGGUGUCACUUGAAUAAAAUGACCCCUAGUAAUUUGGUUGCUCACGGAGAACACGAACAAGAAUGGGGUGGAUAUUUUAUUGUUAAGGGACUUGAGAGAAUUAUAAGAAUGUUAUUAAUGACAAGAAGGAAUUAUCCCAUUGCUAUUAAAAGAUCAAGCUGGAAAGCUCGUGGCAUACAGUUUAGUGAUCUUGGUUUACUUUUGAGAAGUGUACGAGAUGACAACACCACAGCUAAUAAUACUCUACAUUACGUAACUGACGGCUCGGCGAAAUUAAUGUUCUCCUACAGAAAAGUUUUAUACUACGUCCCAUUGAUUUUGAUGUUAAAAUGCUUGGUUGAUGUUACCGACGUUUUUAUUUAUAACGCGUUAACAGCAGGCUGUGAAGAUGAUUUAUAUUAUAAAGGUUGUAUUUUAAAUAUGCUAAGAGCUAUACACGAACAAGGUUUAAAUAAUCACGAGGAAUGCAAAGCUUAUGUAGGUAGAGUGUUUAGAGUAAAACUUUUCGAAUUACCUCAAGAUGCCACUGAUAUAGAUGUUUGUGACUUUAUAAUUAAGCAUUGCAUAAUAAUUCAUCUUAACAAUCCAUUAGAUAAGUUUUAUUUACUCGCGUUUAUGGCAAAAAAACUAUUUGCUCUUGUAAAUAACAAAUGUGCCAUAGAAGGUGCCGAUGGUGUGAUGAUGCAAGAAUGUUUACUAGGUGGUCAUUUGUACUUGCAAGUAUUACAAGAAAAAUUAUACGGUUGGUUGACUGGUCUUAAAAUGGGUAUUUUGAAACGCGCAAGAAGCGCCGGUAAUAGAUAUGCUUUAAGCGUGCAGGAAAUGCUAAAUGUAAUGAAACAUGGAAACUCGCUAGAAUCGCAAAUGGAAAACUUUUUAGCCACUGGAAACUUGAAAUCGUCAACAGGUUUAGGAUUGAUGCAAAGUUCAGGUCUCACGAUCAUCGCUGAAAAUAUUAAUAGAAUGCGAUAUAUGAGCCAUUUUCGGGCGAUACAUAGAGGUUCCUUUUUCCAAGAAAUGAGGACUACGGAAGCUAGACAGUUGUUGCCAGACGCGUGGGGUUUCAUUUGUCCUGUACAUACGCCUGACGGUACACCUUGCGGUCUUCUUAAUCAUUUAACGAUGAAUUGCAUCGUUACAAAACAUCCCAAUUCAAAAUUAAAAGCUAAUAUUCCUAUUAUAUUAAUGGAUCUUGGAAUGAUUCCACUGUCAAUUGCUGAUAAUUGGAAAAACUCUUACGUUGUAAUGUUAGAUGGAAAAUUAAUAGGACUAAUAGACGACAAUAUAGUUUCAAGAAUAACAGACAAACUACGAUUGCUGAAGAUAAAAGGACAAGAUAUUCCAUUUACGAUGGAAAUAGUACUGGUGCCAAAGAAGAAUGUACCGGCACAAUAUCCAGGACUGUAUUUAUUUACAAAUGCAGCUCGCAUGAUGAGGCCAGUAAUGAAUUUAACUGCCAAAAAAGUGGAAUAUAUAGGUACUUUCGAACAAAUUUAUUUAAACGUCUGCGUUACACCCGAAGAAGCUUACGAAGGGCUGACGUCGCAUCAAGAAUUAUCAAAGACGGCUUUUUUGAGCAAUUUGGCAAGUCUUAUCCCAAUGCCAGACUGUAAUCAAAGUCCACGAAAUAUGUAUCAGUGUCAGAUGGGGAAACAAACAAUGGGCACCCCAUGCCAUACAUGGCAAUUACAAUCUGAAACUAAGUUAUACAGAUUACAGACACCUGCAACGCCACUCUUUCGGCCAGUGCAUUAUGACGAGAUUAAUCUUGAUGAUUUUGCUAUGGGUACUAAUGCAAUAGUUGCUGUUAUUUCUUAUACAGGAUACGAUAUGGAAGAUGCAAUGAUUAUAAACAAAGCAGCGCACGAUAGAGGUUUUGCAUAUGGAAUGAUUUAUAAGUCUGAAUUCGUAGAUCUGAAAGAUCAAAAAAGUUACUUUGCGAGAAAUCCUGAUAAACCUGAGCUCGCAGAAAAAUUAGACGUUGAUGGUCUCCCUAUAUUAGGUACAAUGAUUUCGGAAGAUCAAUCAACGUACGUUACUGGCAAAUAUCAUGGCAAGGAAAACGCUUAUGUUGAUACUGUAAAACUUUGUGGAACAUUACACAAUCAUAUUCCACGUAGAGCUUGUAUCACCUUUCGUAUUCUACGUAAUCCAAACGUUGGAGAUAAAUUUGCUUCAAGAGCAGGUCAAAAAGGUAUCUGUUCGCAAAAAUGGCCUGCAGAGGAUCUACCAUUCACGGAAACAGGUCUAAUUCCAGAUAUUGUAUUUAAUCCCCAUGGUUUUCCAAGUCGUAUGACGAUAGCUAUGAUGAUCGAACUAAUGGCUGGAAAAUCAGCAGCCAUACAUGGAUUGGUGCACGAUGCAACGUCGUUUAGGUUUAACGAGGAUGAAACAGCUGUUGAAUAUUUUGGUAAAUUAUUGGAGCGCGGUGGUUACAAUUAUUAUGGAACGGAAAGAAUGUAUUCAGGAAUAGAUGGAAGAGAAAUGACUGCCGAUAUAUUUUUUGGAAUAGUACAUUAUCAACGAUUACGUCAUAUGGUUUCGGAUAAAUGGCAGGUGAGGAGCACUGGUCCGAUCGAUGUUUUAACAAGACAACCCAUAAAAGGUAGAAGAAAAGGUGGUGGUGUUCGAUUUGGAGAAAUGGAACGAGAUUCGUUACUAUCUCACGGUUGCUCGUUCUUACUUCAGGAUCGUCUUUUUCACUGUUCAGACAAAACUACGACUUUAGUAUGUAAAAAAUGUGGAACGUUAUUGGGUCCAGUAAUGGAAAUGGCUUUAAUUUCAUCAGGACUAAAUGAUAAAACAAGAUGUCGCCUUUGUGGCGAUGGCGAAUCUGUCGGAGAAGUUGAGAUACCGUAUAUUUUCCGAUAUCUUGUAACGCAGUUGACAUCUUGCAAUAUAAAUGUAAAGUUAUCGUUUGCAGAAAAAUAA